GUUGCAUGUUGCCACUCACCUCUCACUUGAGUUUCGUACUGCACCACAAAACCACGUGAAUGGCGUCCACCUCAACUCAACGGCGGUGCAUGGCUUGCCCUCACAACUCACACAGCCUUCGACUUACACCUCUGAAAACUUAUUCUUCAAUAUCCCCCCACUUAUCAUCAUCACACCACAACCAAAUAACCCAGGUAAGUUGCCGCCUGUGCAAAGUAUCAAAAUAUUUCAUCAAGUGAAUCCAAAGUCUGUUGUUAAAAAAGGGUGGCCUAAUGUGGGUCCAUCUCGAUUCCCUGAACCACUUAAAAAAAAAAAGGUGCCCCGCUCGAUCUUUUUUUACCCCUCCCCAUUCAAUUCUUUUGAACCCGUCCCCCGCGCUGGCCUGCCUUGUUAACUACCACCCACCACCCCGCCCGCCGCCAUCCAUCAAUUUUUUCCCCCCUUCCUGUGCCUUCCAUUCCUUUGACAACCCACCGCAGACCAGACCAGCCUCACAAUCUCGUCACCCUCGCAAACACCGCCAAGAUGAUUGUCUACUCUGAUGUGAUCAAGACCUCCGGUGCCGACGAGCCCCUCGUUUUCGCCCCCAACGACGAGAUUAUCUCCGACGGUUACACCCUCAUCCCCUGCAACGCCGACGAGAUCGAUGCCCUCGCCAAGAAGCCCGCCAAGACCGUCGGCGACGUCCUCGGUGUCGACGAUGAGUGGGAGCGCCAGCCCGCCGACGUCAAGGCCAAGAAGGAGGCCGAGUCCAUCCUUUACUUUGUCAGAGGCGAGCGCGUGACCGAGGCUGCCGCCAAUGUCGACACCGGUGCCAACGCCUCCGCCGAGGGUGGUGACGACGAGGGUGCCGAGGACACCGCCAAGGAGGUCAUCAACGUCGUCUCCUCCGGCCUCCUCGAGUCCACCUCUUUCGACAAGAAGUCCUACAUGGCCUACCUCAAGGGCUACCUCAAGUCCACCAAGCAGUACAUCCCCUGGGCCCAAAAGAACCGCGAGGAGAACGACUGGCAGUGGAAGGCCCUCUCCGCCGAGGAGCAGGAGGCCGAGAAGAAGAAGGUCGAGCAGCAGAUCGCCAUCUUCGAGCCCAAGGCCAUGGCCUUCGCCAAGUGGAUUCAGGCCAACUUCAAGGACCUCGACUUUUACACCGGUGCCUCCAUGAACCCCGAUGGAAUGGUCAUCCUCUCCAACUACAUGGAGGACGGUGUCUCCCCUUACUUCCUCUUCUGGAAGGCUGGCCUCAAGGGCCAAAAGUGCUAAAUGUUUUGACCAAAACAUUUAGCAUAUAAAAAUGAAAAUAAAAGGGGGAAAGUUGUGAGGCCGGUUUGUGGGCUCAUAUGGCAAAAACACAGAUCUUCUUCACACAAUAAGGCAACAGGCAACAUUUAGGUGUUCGCAUCUUACAUAGACUUGAGUGCUGUGAUGAAAAUAUGGAAUUGUCGGGGUGUCUUCUAC